CCAUCUACUAAAAUCACCCACCGCCAUGAGAGGAGACCAUCCCCACCACCAAAAAAUAUUCACCCCCUUAAAGCUAGCCAAACCCAUCGCCUACCUCCUCCUCCUCCUCAUCUCCUUUACCCUAGGCUACCUCUCCUCCUCUUCUUCUCCCACCACCUCCUCCUCACCCCCCUCUUUUCCUCCCUCCACCCCCAUACUCUACCAACUAGCCAGCCUCCCGACUAACCUCGACCACUUCCUACUCACCACUCACUGCUCUCCCCCACUCCCUCCUCACCUCAUCCGCCAAACUCUCCUUGACCACCUCUUCAACUCCACCUCCCCCUUCACCAACUUCCCCCCUCCCCACGCCGCUCCUCUCCUCCGCCAUAGCCGCAUCAAGGGCUGGGGCUCCAAAGGCGCCGUUUUCCAAAACCUCAUCCAAAAACUCAAACCCCAAACCAUCAUCGAAGUUGGCACCUUCCUCGGCGCCUCCGCCAUCCACAUGGCGGAGUUAACCCACCAAUUCGGCCUCAACACUACCCAAAUCCUUUGCCUCGACGACUUCCGUGGCUGGCCUGGCUUCCGCGGUCGAUUUAGCGACAUCAGCCUCCUAAAUAGCGACGUUCUUCUGCUUUACCAGUUCAUGCAGAACGUCGUGUCAGUAAACGCCACGGAGUCGGUUUUGCCCGUCCCGUUUUCGACCGGGGCGGGGCUUGACUGGCUCUGCCAGAUGGGCGUGUUUGGAGACUUGAUCGAAGUGGAUGCAGGUCAUGAUUUUAUUUCGGCAUGGUCCGAUAUUAACCGGGCCUACCGGAUUUUACGUCCUGGCGGAAUAAUAUUCGGGCAUGAUUAUUUUACGGCGGCAGAUGACAGAGGUGUAAGAAGGGCGGUAACUUUGUUUGCUCGAGUUUAUGGACUUAAGAUUAAGCUUGAUGGGCAGCAUUGGGUCAUUGACUCGAGUUAAAUAAACUUAAUUUAAUUGGUUGGGUCUCUAUAUAGUAAACUAUAUAAUGUAAAUUUCGAAAUCUUAUAGAUGAUCAGAGCUUAUAGGCUUAUAGAGUUUUUCUUUUCUUUUUUAAACAUUAUAGAGUUAAACAUAUAUUUUACUAUGCUAUGAUAAAAUUUGAGUUGAUAUUUUUAUAUUCUUAAUUAUUUAGUCAUUUGAUGUGUAAUGAUGUGAUUAAUGUUGACAUGACACUUAAUGAUCUUUUAUUAAUGGCUUGAUGCUUGGUAUUGUAAGAAAAAAUAUGAAAGUGGCAUUUGAUGCU